CCCUCUCCCUACAUAAACCCCCUUCUCUCUUCUUCCCCACCUCUUUCCUUCUUCUUUCUUGAAAUUUGUUGUGUGGCUGUGCAAACUUACUACUACUUCCCACUUCCCACUCCCCUCCCCUCCUUGUUUCUUGAAGCUUUUAUUGAGAAGAGGGGGAGAUGGGUUAGGCUUCGAUUUUGAUGUCAUGAUUUUUUAGGGUUUGUAUUUGGAGAUGGAAUUUGAUUUAGAAUUGUCUGUGAAUGGUGGGGUUAGGGUUGAAGUGUGGAAUUUGAUUACGUUUUUAGUUUUUUUAUGUUGAUUUUGAAAAAGCUGGAACAGGAGGAGGUUGUUCAUCAUCGUAAGGGUGUGAUUCUGGAUCCUCAGAGGAAUCAUCAUCAUCUUCAUCUGUAUCAACAACUAUUGAAUUCAAGACAAGAAGAGAAGGAAGAAGAUCAAGAAAUUCAGAUAGGUUUUCAUGGAUUCCAUCAAAAUCAUCAUCAGCUUCAACAAAAUCGAGAAAUCCCACCUCCCGACAACCGUGUUCUCCACGGAGGAUUAGGUGGUCCGGCAAGGCAGCCGCCGCGGCCACAGAAGAAACGCCCUUAUUUACCUUCUUCUGUGGACCAACUGACCCAAGAAGGAGAAGAAUAUGCACCGAGGCUGCCGGAAAAAAUGGGAGAAAGUUAUCAGUAUCACAACCAACAACUCCAACAGCAGCAGCAGCAGCAACAGCAAGCAAGUGGGUCGUCGAGAUUGGGAUUGAGGGGCACAGGUGGCGGAGGCGGUGGCGAGAUUGUGGAAGUUCAGGGCGGUCACAUUGUACGAUCCACUGGCCGGAAAGACCGACACAGCAAGGUGUGCACAGCGAAAGGACCAAGGGACCGCCGUGUUCGUCUCUCGGCUCACACUGCCAUCCAAUUCUACGACGUCCAAGACCGCCUUGGUUACGACCGCCCAAGCAAAGCCGUCGAUUGGCUUAUUAAAAAAGCCAAGGCUGCCAUUGAUGAACUCGCGGAGCUUCCGGCAUGGAAGCCCACUGCAACUACGGCGACGACAACCCCAAAUUCAACCUCGAUUGCAGAUUUUGAGCAAAACCCAGAUCAACAAAACUCAAAUCAUCAUCAACUAAGUCAUUUCGAGCAACACCCAGAUGAUAGUAUUGUUGAUAAUCAAAUGGGAAAUAAUACUUCUUCAGGUAUGCAGUUUCAUCAAAGUUUUCCACCUCAGGAUUUGCUUUCAAGAACCAGUAGUCGAAGUCAAGAUCUGAGGCUUUCUCUUCAAUCAUUCCAAGAUCCGAUUCUCCAGAACCACCACCAUCACCACCAACAAAACGAACAGGGUAAUAAUAACAAUAACAAUAUAUUCUUUGACGGGUCGGGUUGGUCCGACAACCAGCCUGGUGGGUUUCAAAGAAUGGUGGCGUGGGGUGGUGUAGGAGGCGGAGACGCUGUUUCCGCCGGAUUUGUCUUCAGUUCGCAGCCGUCGCCGUCGACGCCUUUUCUGCAACCGUUGUUCGGUCAAACAACAAACAAUCAGUUAUUCAACAACAAUUCUCAGAGGGGACCCCUUCAGUCCAGUAACGCACCUUCGUUUCGUGCAUGGAUCGACCCGCCGCCACCGUUCACCGGUCACGAAUUCAAGGUGAAGAGGAGGAACACGACGGCAUCUCCGAUAAGCCGUCCUCUGCAUCCUCCGAUUCUCGCCAUUGAUUCACCUUCAUCCUCCAUAAUCCUCUCAAACAGGAAAAAUUACGUCAAUCACUGUACUUCAAAGCAAAGAGAGGAGGGGAGAAAGCUUCAAUGGCUGCUACACAGUGAGUAGAAGAAACCGAAUCCAUUCACAGGUUCUUCAGUCAUCACUGGUGUUUUUAAGAUUUAGCUUUCAUGUUUGAAUCGAGCUCUUUGUUUAGCUCUAAACCCUGUUUUAAAUUAUCUGGAUUUAAUGUUUUUAGACCAUGUAUGUGACUGUGCCAGUUGCCUUCUUUUGCUAUAUAAUUAUCAAAAAUACUCUGCUAAAAACAGAGCAAGUG